AUGGAGGAGCGCUCGUACUAUGACUCAGCUGCCUUGCUGCAAGAUGGUUCAAAUCGACCCGAAGCUGCUAGUCAGAGCGAAGACUCUGAUGGUAGUGAUGGAUAUGAUCAAAAUAGAAAAAGAAAGAGACCCAUGAAUGUAACCUGCGAGGCAUGUAAGCAACGCAAAGUCAAGUGUGAUCGUGCUCAACCUUCCUGCGGAUGGUGUACGAAGAAUCAGCAUCCGUGCGAAUACAGGGAGCGUAAGAAGCCAGGCUUACGUGCGGGCUAUGGUCGCGAGCUCGAGGGACGACUUGACAAAUUGGAGUCCAUCAUCUACGAGCAAGGCAGACAACUUGCGGCCCACCUUCAGCAAUCAUGCAACUUGACUGAUAGAGGCAGUGUCUCGGUGCCUCGUCAGUCUCAUGAAGAGCUAGUCGGACAACUGCCAGGCACUACCUUUACGGGCUCCAUAUCCUACGACCCCGAAACAGCCCUCAAGCAGCAGAUGAUAGACCCGCAACUGAGACCAUCCUCGUCCCGGCAACAGUCUAUACAAUAUUCCUCGGGCCAACCGUUGUCUCUGGAACAAAACGCACAGUCUGUACACCACUACUCCGAUGCUUCUCCAGCUCACACACAACUAACAUCUCCGCAUUUAACAGGAGCACAACCAGUUUCCCAUCAGACACCAUAUUCUGAGAACACAGCUUCCUUACCACCGUACGACCUGUUGUAUACCCUUGUCGAUCUGUAUUUUCGACAUGUGAACGUAUGGCUUCCUCUUUUGGACAGGAAAUCAACACUCGACACUUUGUUUGGUCCAUCUCCGUUAGCUGAGGCUGAUAAAAUCGUCCUACACGCCAUAGUCACAGUCUCACUCCGCUUUUCAAAGGAUCCACGUUUAGCUUCAGAAAGUCGUCAACAUUACCAUGACAUAUCGAAGCAGAAGGUGCAACUAUUCGGUCUGGAGAACUCGAGCAUCCGAGCCUUGCAAGCCUUGGUGAUUCUAGCUUUGGAUGUGACAGGGGACACCAACGGUCCGCCCGGUUGGAACCUAUUAGCGCUUAUCAGUCGUAGCGUUAUUCAACUUGGGCUAUCGGUCGAAACAACUUCUAGCUUGGCUACGCCGUUGUACCCCUCUAUAGCCACUUUACGUGCAGCAGUGCUACCAGAAUCUCGGUCACCAAUCGAAGAUGAAGAACGAAGACGACUCUUCUGGGCUGUUUACAUGCUGGAUCGUUAUGCAACCGUUGCGACAGCAUUUGGAUUCGCACUGGAUGACAAGGAAGUUGAUCGCCGUUUACCUUGUCGCGACGAUCUUUUCUCCGCGAACAAAUCGGUGGACACGAAAUGGUUCCGUCACUCAGGUCAAAACAGAUAUUCCACGAACAUCCUAGAUGUACACGGCCACUUUGCCUAUCACUGCGAGCUUCUAGGAAUUCUUGGUCGCAUCCAUCUUUUUCUAAAACGUCCAAUUGAUAUCGGCAGUCUAACGGACGUUGAACAAUGGCAAGGGACUUAUCGAGCAUUGGACAGUGAACUGAACGCUUGGCACUUCGGCCUUCCUGACGACUUUGUCAACAUCACGCGCAUGAUGAAGACCGGCUCGUCAGCGAAGCCUGCCAAUUGUGGCUGGAUAGCACUUCAUGCGGCGUAUGCUUUUACCACUAUUCGCCUGAACUCGUCAGCUGCCUACCCUGCUCAAAGCUCACCAAUCUUUUCAUCCUCAUACAGUGCCAUGCAAAGGUGUCUAUCUGCGGUCGACAGCAUGCGGCAUCUGUGUCAGUUUGUGAAGAUCAGUGGCCUGUUAGACAAGCUUGGACCUCCAUUUGCGUUUGCGACGUGGGUCAGUGCCAGGGUCGCCCUUGUACACGGCUCGAUCAUGGACGAUGAUGUCGAUCCUGAUAUCGAUUACUUCGUGACGUUAUUGGCGGAGAUGGGACACUAUUGGGAUGUUGCCAGAAGAUAUAGUGAGAUCCUAAGUCGUGUUCUUGGGGAAUACAGGACAUCUCAACAUUCAGGUUCAGAGCGCAUAACGCCAUCAACGGUAAAGAUCCUGGCUGAUAUGCGAAGAUGCGCAUACGAUCUUGACUUUCUGAUAUCUCGACAGCCUCAGGCAUCAAUCAAAUCUUAUCAGCCAACCCGAGCUAAUACGCCAGCAGUCAACGAACUUGAGUACCUUGAUGUGUUCGAUUUGUUCAACUUUCCAAGAACGCACAUGUCUGCUGAUAACAUGUCCCAGAAUCAGCCUCCAGGCAGCUUAGCGACGCCAUUGCAGACGAACAAUCCGAGCAUGAUUGCGACGAAUCUCAACUUCUCUCAGCCAAAUCCGGAGAGCGAUUGGCUCUUUCACACGAACUAA